AUGGCUGCCGCACGAGGUCGCUCUGCUCGCGCUGCCAUGCUGCUGGCUCUGCUGGUGGUGCCUGCCACGCUUUGCUUCACUGGUGCCUUGGCGCCAGCCACCCAGGGCCGCACGGCACGGACCGCCGAGGCAGCCAGCAGCAGCGGCUCCUCUUCCGUGGCACUCGUGAAGGUAACCAAGGAGAACAGCAUUGCCACCGCGGGUGUUUUGGGCGGAGUUACCGGCCUCCUUCUGGGCGGCUUCUGGAUCGGCGCUGCAGGCUUCGUUGCAACCUCCUACUUGGCGAAGAAGGAGGACUCCGACGUGGCCACCGUGCUUAAGGGCGUUUCCAGCGCGUCUCUUGAGGCAAUCAAUUUUGUUGACUACUUGAACACCAAGUACGAUGUGACCUCCAAGGUCGGCACAGCUCUGAACGAUGCCUUGGAGAAGUCCGACAGCGAGACCACCUCCACCGUGAAGGAGUCCGUGGACACCGUCAGUGAAGCCAUCACCAGCUUCGACAAGGACGUCGGCAUCAAGGACACCCUGGGCUCGCUGAUCCUUUCCGGCAGUGACCUCGCCAACCAGCUGGCCGCCAAGGUUGUGGAGCUGAACGACCAGUACAAGGUCACCGACCAGAUCAAGGCCAAAAUUGAUGAGUCCCUGGAGACCGCCAAGACCAGCUAA